CCUCACCCCGCCCUCCUGGCCCGGCGCCCGUCCCGCCUCCCUGCUCCUGGCCGCUGUCCCGCUGGCCGCCUUGCAGCCCGGUGUAUGUGCGGCAACAACAUGUCGGCACCGCUCCCCGCCAUCGUUCCGGCCGCCAGGAAGGCGACGGCUGCCGUCAUUUUUCUUCAUGGACUGGGAGAUACCGGGCAUGGAUGGUCAGAAGCACUUGCAGGUAUCAAAAGCCCCCAUGUGAAAUACAUUUGUCCACAUGCGCCAGUCAUGCCAGUUUCUUUGAACAUGAACAUGGCUAUGCCAUCAUGGUUUGAUAUCAUUGGACUUUCUCCAGAUUCACAGGAAGAUGAAGCUGGGAUCAAGCAGGCAGCAGAGAAUGUUAAAGCACUGAUAGAUCAAGAAGUAAAAAAUGGAAUUCCUUCUAAUCGAAUUAUUCUGGGAGGCUUUUCUCAGGGAGGUGCUUUGUCAUUGUAUACAGCUCUUACAACACAACAAAAAUUAGCAGGUGUUGUAGCACUCAGCUGUUGGCUUCCUCUACGGGCUUCUUUUCCUCAGGGCCCUAUCAGUGGUGUCAACAAGGAGAUUCCUGUUCUUCAGUGCCAUGGGGACUGUGACCCGUUGGUUCCUUUAAUGUUUGGUUCUCUCACUGUUGAGAAGCUAAAGAGUAUGAUAAAUCCAGCCAACGUAAACUUCAGAACUUACUCUGGCAUGAUGCAUAGCUCAUGUAUUGAGGAGAUGAUGGAUGUAAAACAGUUCAUAGACAAACAUCUACCUCCCGUAGACUGAAAUGAUAUGUGAGAAGCCUUCUAUAUAAAUACACCAGCAUCAACUGUGGUAGAGUGUUAAUUUUUUCGUAUGCCUGAUAGGAAGCAUUACUUAUAUACCUGCAGUGUUACUACUGUAUUGCAAAUUUAUAUUUAGGAUGAGGUUUGAAUAAUACACAUGUACAAUAAAUGAAAAUCUUUCUAGUAUUAAUCAUCCACUGGUGGGACUGUAUGAAUGAGGCAGCUAGGUAACAAUGACAGAAUGCAACCUAAGCAUACUGUUUUAAAAUGUCUGAUUUUAUUUUUUUGAUUAAACGGUUUGUACAAGUAAUUAAAAACUAAAUUUAAGUGAGCAACAUCAAUGUGACCGGUUUAGUUAUACUUGAGACAUGAUUUGUUCUUAAUACUCACUGAAAAUACAUUAAAACAUUUUCUUUUUGUAAUGGAUGCAUAAAGUAUACAACAUGUAAUGUAAUGGGCAUAUGAUGGUAGAAUAAAUGUUACUAAGGACAAAGCUUUAAGUAUUACAUAUUGUUACUCCAGAUGAGGAGGAUUGUUCUAGAAUGGCUAGAAGUCAGCUAAGAUAUUUCUUAUCUUUAAAGCACCUCAAUUUUAGCUGUUUUCAUAUAGCUAGAUAUUGUGGAAAUUCUAAUGGGACUCAUUCCUUGUUAGACCAUUGCUUGUCACUUAUUGUCUUUUUUUUAUUACUAUAAACUCACGUCAAAUGCUGAUUUGUAACAGAAGUCUGAAGAAGUACAUAAAAUUAAUUAGAGUUUCGUUUAAAAAUUCCUGUUUCCAUACUGAAUAUUCAUCUUGUACUUUAUUCUUUGUAGCUUUCAUUUGUGUGGAAAUGUUGAUGUAUUUCACAUGAGCAAUUCCAGCAUAUAAUUUUGUUUUAUCUGUCUGCUUUGGAGUAACUAACUGAAAACAAUGCAGCUGUGCAGUUCUGUGUAUUGUUGAAGUCUCAUCUGCAACGUAGCUGUUGUCAAAUUUGAAAUUUUUUUUAAUAGAAAUAUAAGUGCAAUUGAGAUAUAACUUUAAAUUUAUACCAUCUAAUACUUUCUUUUAUUGCAUGUUGAGACUUGACUAUUUCUGAAAAUGAACAAAGAAGUCUAUUUUUGAAUAUACCAUUCUGCAGUUACCUAGAUCAGUAUAGCCUAGGAAUAUGAAGACCUACUGUGGGGAAAAAAAAGUACGUCUACAAGAUGCAGAAUGUCUUUUUUUUUCAGAAGCUCAAAAGUUCUAGAACACAGUGGGUUACAGAAAUUAAUGCGCACUCAAGAGGUCUUUGUAGCUGAGAGCCAUGAUUUGCUUCUGCAACAGCUGUUCUUCUGUAGAGUUAGAGGCUGUCACCGCACUAAGAAUGUUUAAAAAAAAUACACUACUGUUUUAACUACAUAAUAUGCUGCAUAACAAUGUUCUAUAAUAUGUUUGCAAGAAAAGAUUAUUUUUGUUUUGGCUGCAUAUGUUGUGUCAGCACUGUGUUUUAUACCUGCAUUCGAGGUACUUUCUCUUCUCCCAACUUAAUCAAGUGGUCCUUUUACAGUGUAUAGGGAUUUAUGUCUGAGACAUCUGCCAGCACAAAUACAUAAAUGGGGAAUUACACUUCUAUAUCCCUUCUUUAACAGGGCUGCAGCCAGAAAUCUGGCUUGUUCACGUAGUAUGAAUUCUUGGUUUUCAGUGCUUUUUUUUCAUAUGUGUUAACCUUAAUUUUUAGAAAGCUAUUUUUCUUUUUUAGUCCAGUUUCUCUGGAUUAUUAAACAUCUCUUAAUAUGUAAAGUUUAAAAGGUUUCUUUUUUUCUAGAUGGUAUUGAAACACUUUAAGAUAUUCCAUCUCUCAUUGGGAGGGCAUGUCUGUUAACUUUGAAGUUUAAUUAAUCUUUUUCCUCAAUCAUUCUGUUCUGUAGAUCUGCCAAUUUGUCUUUCAGUUAAUUUCGUUCACAGAAGAAACCAUAAUACUCUUAUUGUAGUUGUGCCAAAGUUCUAUUGAGAAAACAUUAUGUCCUACUUUGGAGUCAUUCCUAAAUUGCAUUAGCUAAUUUUGCAGUCCUGCUAAAUUGCAAACUUGGUAAGCAAACUGUAUGUUAUUUCUCCUAGAUUUUAGAUUUAUCCUAAUUCCUCUGUUGUCUAAAUAACUCCCUGAAUAUUGGCAUGUUUCCCAAGUUCUUCACAAGCUUCUAAUUUUUCCUAUAUUAUUUUCUUGUUCUGUUUGUAAAUUGUUCAGUGAUGUUCAGCUGUCUUGUUGAACUUCUAAUUGACUGUGCAUACAUUUCACAUAUUCUUUCUUCUGUUAGAAGGAGUUUAAAAAAAUUUCUAGGAUGUUAAAAUAAGAUCAGUCCUAACUUCAUUCUGCAUUAGCUUCAUAACACUUUCUUGAGUUUGGUGAACUAUGUUCACAGCUUGUGGUCAGUUUCUAGUGCUUACGCAUUUUAAUCUGAGUCUGCUUCAACUGCUGUCUCAGUGAUGCUUUCAGAUGUUUUUCCAGAAAUGCUUUAUGUGCUAACUUUGUUCAAAUAUUCAGCUAUCAUAACAAGAUUUUGUUCAUACUGUUGUUUUGCCAUUUGCUUUAUCUACAAAGAGCUGUGUUACCAAAGUAAAUGUAAGUAAAUGUUGUGACUUAUUCUGAAUUUCUGUAUUCUAGGAAGAAUUCUACCCCUGUAGUGUUGUUGUGUUUUGUUUUGUUUUGUUUUUUUUCCAGGGGUAAACGAGUAUGUUGUAGUUGAGGGUUGUUACAGAGCCCAGAAGCUGGAGGAAACUUCAAGGAAAUAUCCUGUCUUCUCCAGUAUCACAGUGUCUAUUUUGAGCUCUUGUCUUUUGUAGCUUCCCAGCUAGUUGGAAAGCUGUGUGUAUGAUCUUGUAGCUGAACUGCUUCACUGCCUGAAGUGAUUUGAUACUGGAAUGGUUGUCACAAUUGCAUGUGUCUUUAGGCUGAAUGAUAGCUCAGUCUAGAGUAGGAGUUUUCAUAAUAUCCUAUUAAAAUGGAGAAGUUGAACUGUCAGUAUUCUAAAUGUGAAUGUCAUAUCCUCAUAAACUGCAAUUUGAAACUGUCCAAUAAUUAUUUUUUUGUAAUGUUAGACUUUCCCAAAAAGGGGGUGAUGUCUGUCAAACUUCUGAAAGCAUUGAUGUGAAAAUACCUGACUUGAAGAUCAGUUUGUUUCAAUGGGUAUCUAAUUCCCUAAUGCGUUUUUAAUUUCAAAAUGGUACUUAAAUUUGACUGCAGUUUUGUGCAGUCAGAAGUCUGACUUCUUGCUGAAAUAUGUUGCCCACUUUUUAAAAGAGAUGUUAUGUCUUAUUAGACAAUCUUCCAGCCAUUCUUGAAGUAAACCUAUAUUGAGCUCUGUACUGUGUUGAGGGCUGUAUGAUUUGGUCUCAUCCUCCUAUCUUGUAUAAUUACAACACAGUAGAUUUAUAACUGUACACUGCAACUGGUAUUAGAACUGUUAAUUAAAACAGGUUCUCUCUAAUGAAGCAUACUGCACUUCAUUGAAGUCAUUAGGAUGCAUCUUUUAUGUAGAGGUGCUGUUUGUGUUGAUGGAUAUGACUGAGAACAAAUUUUUAAGAUGUUAAUGAAGCCAUAUGUACAAGGCCUGUGUAUCUUAAAUUUUAUAAAGAAAUGCUGAACACUUAGUCUUUGUGUUAUGAAGUAUAAGCCAUUUAUAUUUACUAUAAGCAUCUAAGAUGUAAUUUACUUGGUUUACUCAUUUUAUUUAUGAUAAGAACUCUUAACUUUGGAAGUUAUUCUGUAGUAAGGAAAAUGUGAAAGCUUUCCAUUUUUAUCAUUGUGAAAUAAAUUUCAGUCACUGUUUGGUAAAGUA